AACUACCGGUGUUUUCCAAAAUAAAGAUCGAUGGUUUUUGAAAGUGCCGCACAAAUGAUGCGAUUAGGAUUACAUAGUAGACAUUAUGGAGUGUCGAUCGUUAGGAAUUUAUGUUCAAAACCAAACCAAAGACAGGCCGAACUUAUGGCCAGAAGUUUGCCUAAACGGUUGGCUUUACCUGGCGUACAGCACAUUGUAGUUGUAUCGUCCGGGAAGGGCGGCGUAGGUAAAACAACCACGGCAGUAAACUUGGCGGUUACACUGGCAAAAUACGGUAAAACGGUGGGCCUGCUGGAUGGAGACAUUUUCGGCCCAUCCGUGCCUAGAAUGAUGAACCUCAGCGAGGCCCCGUUGGUGGACGAGCGGAAUAUGAUGGUUCCAUUGGUCAACUUUGGUGUGAAAUGUUUAUCGAUGGGCCUGCUGGUCGAAUCUGGGCCCGUGGUUUGGCGUGGUCCACUGGUGAUGUCCGCCAUUCAGCGACUCUUAAAAGGGGCAGCUUGGGGCCCGUUGGAUAUCCUUGUCGUCGAUACACCACCCGGCACAGGAGAUGUCCAUCUUUCGCUCAGCCAGAACGUUCCCAUCGAUGGGGUGGUGCUAGUAAGCUCUCCACAAGCGGCAGCGCUAGAUAUAACCAAGAAGGGUGCUGAAAUGUAUCGCACGCUUAAGGUACCACUGGUGGGACUGGUUGAAAACAUGAGCCAUGUCGUUUGUGAUAAAUGUGACAAUCGGAUUGAACUAGCGGACAAUCUUAUCGAAAAAUAUGUACAGGAGCUUUCGGUGGAAGUGCUAGCCAGAAUACCGAUCGAAAAAGACGUAAUGCAAUGCUGCGAUGCCGGAACGCCCGUUUGCUUGAAAUUUCCCGAUUCCCUGUUUGCCAAGUCGUACGACACCAUCGCAACAAAAGUAAUCGACUUUUUAACGAAUAAACAAAAGCUUUCU